AUGGGGCAGAUAGCACAACCGUUAGCUUCAAACUCUCAAACCCCGGGCACCUUACCUAGUGGUACGGUGACAAAUCCGCGGGAACAUAACACUGUGAACGCUGUCAUAACCCGAAGUGGAAAGUCAACAGAGGAAAAUAAUAUAGAAAAAGAUGGAUUAAUAGAGGUGGAUUUAGAAAUAAAGGAAACAAAAGUCCAAGAUGAAGAAACAAUACCACCUCCUGUCGAGGAGAAAGAGAAGGUUCCUAAACCCGUAAUCAAACUCCCUUACCCUCCACAACAGAAGAAGAAAAAUCAACAUGAGAAGAAUUUCGAGAAGUUUCUGGAGAUGUUCAAAAAACUCGAAAUCAAUAUCCCUUUUUCUGAAGCAUUGGAACAAAUGCCAAUAUAUGCCAAGUUCAUGAAAGACAUAAUUUCCAAGAAGCAAUCCACUGAUACGGAACCGAUCAUCCUGACUGAAACAUGCAGUGCCAUUCUCCAAGAUACUCGAAUGACCCUUCAAUUUGUGGAUCGUUCUGUUCGGCGACCCUAUGGUAUUAUGGAAGAUGUUCUGGUCUAUGAUGAAGAGUUAAAGAUAGAUGUGAGAAAUACCAUGCAAUACAAAGAUGAUAUCGGCACAAGCAACACUAUAGAGAUAAUCGACCAAGUAAUUGCUCAGGAAAAUGACCAGCAUAGACCCCGAUCACCACUAAACCGGGUCUUAAGCUUGUCCACUUUUGAAAGUAAUAAAGAUGAAGAAGAAUCUGAGGUGCUUGCUCUGAUGGAAAAACAACCUGAAUGGAUUAGAUCUAGACCACACUGGUGGGAAAAUCUAAGACCACCACCAUCCGAUGUCACUGAAGAACCCAAAAAAGGGGUGAAUCUGAAGCAGUUGCCAACAAAUCUGAAGUAUGUAUUUCUAGACACUGACGAAAAAUGCCCAGCCAUCAUUAAUGCUAGUCUACAGAGUGUCCAAGAGGCAUAA